UGUAAAGUGGUACAGCCCGCGAGGUUACCGGAAGUUGUUUCAGCUGCCAUGUUUGGUUGCUUUGUUGUAGGCUUCUACUUGGUUUCCUACAGAAUUAGUAAGUGUGGAAAUGGAGCCGAGCUGGAGUACGUUUCUUUUUCAACAGGCCAAUGAAGCCCUCCACCACCAGCACCAUGUGGCCCAGAACAGCCUGCUGCCACUACUUAAUGCAGGAGCUGAACCUAUCGACCAAAAGCCUAUCCUGCCCAUCCAGCUAGACCAGAAGCCCCCUUCCAGUGCCGCAGAUCUCCUCAAAGACAAUGUGGCCAGUGGAGGAGGCCAGCGUCCGCCAGUGCCUGUCAUAAAGAAGGAACACAAAGGCAAGACACCUUUCGUCUGUGGCUACUGCAACAAGGCCUUCCGCGACAGCUACCACCUGCGGCGCCAUGAGUCCAGCCACACCGGCAUCAAGAUGGUGUCGCGGCCAAAGAAGGCCGCCCAGACAGCCCCCACCAUGGUGCCCAUGAUCUCCACCAUGCCGCGAGAGAACAACGGCAACCCUUCCUACAUCUCCACGGUAGCGGGAAUCCUCUCCACAGCAACCACUUCUGUGUCCUCCAGUAUCAUGACAUCAUCUGCAAUGGGCAACCAGCCACAGCAAAACAUGCCCAAGAAACCCGCCAAACCUGUCAAGAAGAACCACGGCUGUGAGAUGUGUGGCAAGGCCUUCCGUGAUGUCUACCACCUGAAUCGCCACAAGCUGUCCCAUUCAGAUGAGAAGCCUUUUGAGUGCCCUAUCUGCCAGCAGCGCUUUAAAAGAAAGGACCGGAUGACCUACCAUGUUCGCUCUCACGACGGAGGAGUCCACAAGCCCUAUGUUUGUUCUGUGUGUGGAAAAGGCUUUUCCAGGCCAGACCACUUGAGCUGCCAUGUGAAGCAUGUGCAUUCAUCAGAAAGACCAUUUAAAUGUCAAGUAACGGCCUGUACCUCUGCUUUCGCCACCAAAGACAGACUCCGUUCCCACAUGAUCAGACACGAAGGCAAGGUGACCUGUAGCAUCUGUGGGAAGAUGCUCAGCGCGGCCUACAUCACCAGCCACUUGAAGACUCACGGACAGGCCAACUUCAACUCCUGUAACAAAGGCUUCUGUAACACUAUCUCUCAGUAUGGAAACGAUGUCUGCAACUCUGCCUCAGCUACACCUGUGACCAUUUCUGCCCCCAUCACCUCGGCGAUGAACCGGAGCCACAACAACAACCCCGUCACCAUAGCUGCCCAAAUGAACAUUAGCACCAACACCGUCAACAUUACAUCUCCAGUCAGCCUUCAGCACCCAGUCACCAUCACCGGGCCUGUCAACAUUGCCUCUGUCAACAUCCCUGCCUCGGCGUCCAUGAAUAUAGCCCACCCGGUCGCAAUAACGACCCCAAUGCCCAUGAAUAUGGCCGGGCCACUCAACAUCGCCAUGCGGCCAGUGGAUAGCAUGUCUUUUCUCUCCCAAGUCUUGCCUUCUUCCCCACCUUGGUAAAAAAAAAAGGAGAGAGAGCGUUGGAACUGGCCAGAGAGAAAGGGAAAAAUGAAGUAAACCAAGAGACUCCUGUCCAACAUGAUUUGCACCUCGAGCCGAGCUCUUUCUCCUCCCUGAACCACGUUUACUUCACCAAACCUUGAAGUGAACAUUUACAUGAGCUGUGCGGCCGGUAGGAUCUCCACCACCCCCCAAGACACAGCUGCAUCCCAACUUAUGUAAAGAGGCUGGCACGAGAUGCAGAACACUUGAGUAGAAAUCGAGUAGGAUUUACCUUGAAUCAGGAGACUUAGAGUAGUCAGUUAGAAUGAUGAAACUGUGAUUUGUAUCUUGACAAAGGAGAGGUGAGGAUCCCUCAAGCACCUUGAGGACCCCGUAGGAAAACACACCCGUGCUUUUGUAAAAGGGAGAUGAGACAUGGACUAAAGCAAUAACUAUAAAUUGCUGUUUUUGAUGUUUUACACGUUCUCUCCCGAAGCCUCUGGGUGUUGCUUUGUAUGUUGUUUUUUUAACUAUAGCCUGCUAAUCACUAUCUAUUUAAUGUUAUAGGAAAUGAGUCUAGUAAAAGGGACAGCAGCUUCCACUUGCAUGGAAGAAUAUUUUUUCACAGUGCUAUAGCUUUUUUUUUUUUUUUUUCCUUCUGAGAUAGUAGGUAUGCUCUUGAGGUACAGUGACUAACUUGUACAGUUGACAUAGUAAUGUAUUUUCAUGUCAGCGUUUUAAUUUUUUGCUUUCGUCAUUCGAGGGGAUAAUCUCGACACUGUCCUCUCGACAAUGAAAAUAUUUGUACUUUGUUUUUCUGUUUGUACGGAAACGCAAAGGUUUGUUUUUAUUUGCCUAUUUGUAGUUUCUUCUUUUUUUUUUCUCUUUUUUUCCUCCAUGAAGUCAGAAUGGAAUGAGUCUUGCACUGAAAGCAUAUCCUACAUACAGGUGAGCAGCAGUAUUAUCAAAGAUCAAAUUGGAGUCUUAAGUGUUUUGGUUAGCCAGCCUGCACUUAAGGGCCAUCUAGUGGCUGACCGUGGAGGAGAGGCCUGGCCUUGUAGUGAAGCUUUUUUCAGGCUGUUACUGUCAUCAUAAUGGUGACUAUUAGUUUUGUCUGACUCUUCUGUACACUGUUUUUUUUUGUUUUUUUUUUUUGUUUUUUUUUAUCAUUUAUCUCUCAUAGCCCCUAGAUGAUACUAAGGACCCCUCACUCAGGAAACACACCUAAAAGCCCAUAAAUCAUGAAUUUGGUUCCUGUUUUUAAAUUGAGUAUAUCGACCAUUUUUCUUGAUUCUUGACUUCUACAUGUUCUUUUUUUUUUAGAUUUCCAAAAAUCAUUCGGCAUUAAGGUGCUAAGAUUUGUCCAGCCUUCCAUCGGGGACAAGAAGUCCGACAACUAUUGAUUUUAAACAUAGCCGUCCAUUUAAAAACAUUGUCAAGUUCAGCUCUGGCUGCACAGUUAUGUAGCUGAUUUCUGAAUAGGUUUGAUGAAAUGCAAGUACGUGUCCAUUAAAGUAAUGGGACAAGAUUGAUGUUGCAUGAUCCCAAACACUGUAGCUGUUGAACAUUAAGUAUUUUUAAUGAAUGCCAUGUGAUCUCAACAGUGUUGCAACUCUUUGAGUUGAGACAGUUUAUACUGAAAAAUGCAAUAUGCAUGUUUGUCAUUUUUCCCAAGUUUUGUUUUAAACAAAAUGUUAGUGUAGCUUUUUUGUUAUUAUGCAUUUACGUAGAUACACUAUGAUAGCCUGUUUGCCAAAUUUGAUACAAAAAAUAUGUUAAACUGAACAAUUCUCGUGGAAUCGAACAUCUCUUUAUUUUUAAGGAAAACAAAUAAUUGGAAAUUCCAGGACCCUUGUGGAAGCAGUUGAAUGUAUAUCUUUGUACAAAACUAUUUUAGUUCCAAGGAUACGGUAGUUACAAUAGAUGUGAAAGAUAAGAUAACCUUUUUUAUAAAUCUUUUGUAUUAGAACAUUAACAAUGGUAAUUUUGUAUAUAUGAGAGGCUAGGCUUUCUGAUUAGCAGAAAGGUCAAACAUUCCUACAUUUUUUUUAAAUGUACGUUUGUCAAAUUAUUACAUAAACAUGCGCAAUGUUAUGUGCCUUUUAUUUGGGUUGUCUAAAUAAAAGAAAACUAUCAAAUGUG